GACACUUAACAUUGACAUCUAGGAUGGUGAUGUAAAUAAACAUUGUCUUUGUAGUUUAUAGUCUCUGCGAAUAAGUCUUAAUUUUAGACCUUACGUCUUUGUAGAAUACUAAAAGCAGUGACUCAUAGUCCUACCUGAAUUUUACCAUUUCAAUCAAAUUGUAUAUUACGUUGUUUAACAUGGAAACCAGAGAUGUUGAAACUACGGAUCAAGUUAAUGUUACAAUAAAGCGUCCUAUUAAAGUCAUACAUUUUAGUGAUGGCAUUGAAGAAGAAAUCGAAGAGGUGCAUACAAAUGAAUUAGCAAGUGCGCCGCACAAUGAAGACAGCGUUGAUCCGAAAACUCUUACAUGGGGCCCAUGGUUCUCUCAUUAUGCUAAGAAAUCAGGAUCAAAGGUAUUAGGUGCUGUAGAUUAUGCUGGAGAAUCACUUGCAAAUUUCUUUGGCAUUACUACACCAAAAUACCAAAUUGAGAUAGACGAAUAUGAAAGAGUAAAAGAGGAAAAGAAGAAAAUGGAGGAAGAAUCAGCAGGGUGGGUGCCUAAAAACAGCGGGGGCAAUAUACCACUAGUUUUGAACGAACCAUCACGAGAUGUAAAUAUUAACACCCAGUUCACAUAAAUUAACAGCAAACAUAAUACUGUUGACAUAAGAGUAGAUGCAGUAUUUUCAUUGGAUAACAAUAUUCGUGGUAUAUUUAAAAUUAUAAAAUAAUAUAAUAUCUAAAAUUACAAAAAAGCCACACGUAAAAUUGUUUUUCCAUCUUGUCUUUAUUCUCUGUGUUUGUAAUUGUGUAUCACUACUUAAUAGAGCUUUAAUUUUUUUCUUU